GGAAGCGAACGGGAGGGGGAUGUGGUGCUGCCGCGGCCGCCACCGCAGCUGCCGCUGCCUGCUCUUUGCCGCGUCUUCCCGGAGGCGGCUGCUGGAAGCCGCCGGGAGCAGCUGUGGUGCUCUGCCAUAUUGUGUCUUCCCCUGCCCGUUCCUUGCCUCCCCGCUGCGGCUGCAGAGCAGACGAACUGUAAGAGUAAAUGGGUCCAGUAAUUGGAAUGACUCCAGAAAAGAGAGCUGAAACUCCAGGAGCUGAAAAGGUUGCAGGAUUAAGCCAGAUUUACAAAAUGGGAAGCUUGCCUGAAGCUGUUGAUGCUGCCAGGCCUAAGGCCACUCUAGUGGACAGUGAGUCAGCAGAUGAUGAACUCACAAACUUGAACUGGCUUCAUGAAAGUACUAAUCUUCUAACAAACUUCAGCUUCGGAAGUGAGGGUCUUCCAAUUGUUAGUCCAUUGUAUGACAUAGAGGGAGAUGAUGUGCCAUCCUUAGGACCAUCUUGCUAUCCGAACCCAGAAAAAAAAUCAGCAACUUCAAAGCCCCCAUAUUCCUUUAGUCUUCUCAUUUACAUGGCUAUUGAACACUCUCCAAAUAAAUGUUUGCCUGUCAAAGAAAUUUAUAGCUGGAUUUUGGACCGCUUCCCAUAUUUUGCCACUGCACCAACAGGCUGGAAGAAUUCUGUUCGACAUAAUCUGUCCCUGAAUAAAUGUUUUCAGAAAGUGGAAAGAAGCCAUGGCAAGGUUAAUGGGAAAGGUUCCUUAUGGUGUGUUGAUCCAGAAUAUAAACCCAACCUUAUGCAGGCACUGAAGAAGCAACCUUUUUCCUCAGCAUUAACAUUCUACACCCCUCCUGCAUCUCCACAAAGUGGCUCUUUAUCACCUCACUUCUUAAGCUCUGUACUCAAGCAGAACCAGGUGCGAACCCUCAAAGAAUCUGAUAUUGAUGCUGCCACUGCAAUGAUGCUUUUAAAUACUUCUAUAGAACAAGGAAUUUUAGAAUGUGAGAAGCCUCUUCCUCUUAAAACAGCAAUGCAAAAAAAGAGGAGUUACAGCAAUGCAUUCGGUCAUCCCAGUACUAUGCGACUGCAAGAGAGUCAUUCGUUAGCCACAAGCAUUGAUCCAAAAGAAGACCACAAUUACAGUGCAAGUAGCAUGGCAGCACAGCGCUGUGCAUCCAGGUCUAGCGUGUCUUCUCUAUCCUCUGUGGAUGAGUCAUAUGAAUUUAUCCCAAAGAGUAACCAUGUGGGAAGUGAUGGCAGUGAAGGAUUUCACAGUGAAGAAGAUACAGAUGUUGAUUAUGAAGAUGAUCCUCUUGGAGACAGUGGCUAUGCGUCACAGGCUUGUGCUGAUACCUCUGAUAAAGCGCAGCCAGGCAAAAAGAUGCGUAAACAGUUAUGUCAAGAAAUUGAUGAGGAGCUCAAAGAGGCAGCUGGAUCUCUGCUCCACCUUGCUGGAAUUCGUACCUGUCUGGGUUCCCUAAUAAGUACUGCAAAGACACAAAAUCAAAAGCAGCGGAGGAAAUAGAAAUACU